GACCCUACUUGGAUUUCAGUGCCUGCGCGUAGCUUCUCAGCUGGUGGCGCCCCUACCAUCGCCACCAUGGAUGUGCCAAUCCUCGACAUUCAUGAGUUGCUGGAUUAUCUUUGCAACGAGGUAAAGAUACAGUGCCCUCAUGAUCAGGUACGUGAGUAUUGGAAACAUCUAAGAGAUGUCAAGAUGCCCUUUGCUUUAUCGCACCCUGGCACGGACCAGCAUGUCCCAUUUAGCAUAUAUGGUGACGAAUGCGUCAUUGGCCAAGACCCGCACGACAAGGUCCUAGGGUUGUUCAUUUCGUUGACGUUAUUUCGACCCCGAAGCGUGAGACGAGGGCAAUUCUUGGUAUUUGCCAUGCACGUAGAUUCAAUGAUCAAUGACGAGCUGGCCACCCUUAUGCCGGUACUGCAACAUCUUGUCUGGAGUGCCAACAUGGCUUUUGAAGGUCGCUACCCCGUGACAGCUAUGGAUGGUUCACCUUUGCCGCCAAAGAAACAAGCCCGAGCUGGACGUGCAAUCGGUCGCUGCUUUGCCUGCUGCGAGAUCAAGGGUGAUUGGAAGUUUCACGAGAAGUGGCUACGUUUGAUCCGCACCCCUGUUUCUGUCAACCCUUGCUUCUUGUGCAACGCCCAAAACCGAGACAAUGACAUGCGGUACUACAACACUGAUGAAGAUGCUGCUUGGAUUGAUACGGAGGUUGACACCCGCAACUUCAUUUCUGACAUGUUACGACCUGGGCCUAUCAGUGCCAUGGCGGGUGAUGAUGAUCAUGAUGAUUGA